AAGGACUGCCACCAUGAGUGGUUUCUUACAAGGGUUGAAGUCUGUAGACUUCUACAGAAAGCUGAAGAGAGACCUUCAACAAGAGCUCACCGAAGCCUCAGUGUCUGGAGCUGCGCUCAGCAUCAUAGCUGCCGUCAUCAUGAUCGGGCUGGUGGCUGCUGAGCUGACGGCCUACCUGACGGUCCAGUCGGAGUCGCGGGUGGUGCUGGAUCACUUUGAGAGCUCGUCGGACGAUACGCUGCAGGUGAACUUCAACUUCACCUUCCCCCAUCUCAAGUGCGACUACGCGAGCGUAGACGCAACCAACUUCAUGGGCACGCAUGACGCAGGGCUCGCGGCUCGAGUCAGCAAGAUAAGACUGGAUAAGAACGGGAAUUUGGUGGGGCGACAUGACGACAACAAGAAGGAACUUCGACACACCACGGAUGAGGUUCACGAUGGUCCUGAGACCUCCAUCGCUCUCACCACCGACAACUUUGAGGCCAGUCAUCACAAGUACGCCAUCAUGAUCGUCAACUUCUACGCCCCUUGGUGUCACUGGUGUCAACGACUCGCUCCUGUCUGGGAGAAAUCCGCCGCUACCAUCGCGCAGAAAUUCCCAGGCGACGAGAGGAUCAUCCUUGCUAAGGUUGAUUGCACACACCAGUCGUCGGAGGCCUUGUGCAUCAAGUAUCGCAUCGAUGCCUUCCCUACCAUCCUCGUCUUUCGAAAGGACGACAAGGGCGACUCACAGCACGAGUCCUACCAUGGCGAGCGCUCGGUGCCGGCGAUCACACAGUGGGCGGAGCAUUUCAUGUCACAGCUGAACAACGAGGUGCCGAAGAGCAGGACGGUGGACGCGAACAAGGAUGGUGUUGUUGACUCGCAUAACGGAGUGGGAUGCAUGGUCUCUGGUCUCCUUCACGUCCAGCGAGCGCCAGGAAUGCUCAAGGUGCAGGCUGUGUCGGAUAGCCAUGAGUUCAACUGGGAGACGAUGGACGUGUCGCACACCGUCAACCACCUCUCCUUCGGUCCCUUCCUGUCUGAGACGGCGUGGAUGGUCCUCCCCCCCCACAUAGCUGCCUCCGUCGGCUCUCUUGACGAUCGCUCCUUCACCUCCGACCAGCACGUGCCAACCACGCACGAGCACUAUGUGAAGGUGGUGAGACACGAGGUGACGCCUCCCUCUAGCUGGAAAGUAGCUCAGAUCACGAGCUACGGCUACGUCGUUCACUCCAACAACAUUCAAAAGGCUGGCGAAGUGCCGACAGUGAGGAUCAAUUAUGACAUUCUCCCCAUCAUCGUUCAGUUCCAUGAGAAGAAGCAAGCCUUCUACCAUUUCGUCACAAACCUCUGCGCCAUUGUCGGCGGAGUUUUUACUGUCGCUGGGAUCAUCGCGUCGUUGAUGGAUAAGAGCAUCAACCUGAUGCGGAAGAAGCAAGAGCUCGGAAAGUUGGGCUGA